ACCAGAUACCAGCUUCAUCUGGGCAAAGAGCUCAGCAGGGGACGGUGGAUCAGCAGGUUGUAGGACACGGAGUGAGAAAAUUGACCUGUAGUCCCACCUGCAGUGGAAACUGUUACUACAACUGGUUCAGACAACGCUGGCAGAUUUCAACUUACAUGGGAUGUUCAUCUACUGCCACAGUUUGGAUCGACUCCACCAGUUCCUCUGAUCAGGAUAGAUACUUAUGUAGUGUCAAUAACUACAUCCAGCCUCCUUCAUACUGUGAACUGGGUGAGAAGCAGUGGGGAGUGACUUACACUCCUGAUAGUGUGUGUGCUCUGGAAGGUUCAUCAGUUGAUCUCUCCUGCUCUUAUAAACACCCUGGAGGACUCAGAGUGAUUAAAUCAUUCUGGUUUGUUAACAAGAAUGAAGUUGGGCCUGUGGUUCUGCAAGAAGAUAAUCAGUAUAAGGGGAGAGUGCAGUAUUACCAGAACCAAUGCAAAACAAGUAUCAAUGGUGUGAGAGCAAGCGACGCUCAAACAUACUGGUUCAGAUUCAUCACUGAUGAUGUGAAUGGUAUUAACAGUAUUGGAUCUGGAGUUCGUCUGUCUGUCACAGGUCUGAAGAUUGAAGUGUUGAACACACAGGGAGGAGGAAAACAGCUGAUCUGUAGCUCCACCUGCACUCUGACUAACCCCACCUACAUCUGGUACAGGAACGAACAGCCUGUAUCUGAGCAGAACAGAGCUGUACUGUAUCUGAGGAACCGCACUGUGGAUGCAGGCAGCUACUCCUGUGCUGUGAAAGAACACAAGGAGAUCCGCUCUGCUGCUGUCUGCCAGAAUUACAUCAUCACCAACAUCAGCUCCCAGCACAGCGGACUGUACUACUGCACCGCUCUCAACCAGCUCGGACAGCACAGCUCUGCACCCGCCCGUCUGGACGUGUUCUAUCCUCCCAGACCUCCAUCUCUAUCUGAGUUUAACGGGUUUAACGGCUCGAUCACGCUGGUGUGCGUCAGCGACUCCAACCCUGCCAGCUCCUACACCUGUCCUUUUGUGGAUGAGCCAGCUUCUGCUCCAGUGUAUGAAACCGUCUCAGAUCUGGCUAUGACCUCCAGGCCCUGCACAGGAGCUGCAUCCUCAGAUGAAGUUCAGUACUCAACCAUUCAGUUCAAACAGUCUCGCCCACAGGAAGAGCCUCUCUGCCCCACUGUUCAUCAGACUCUCGCUUUUAAUAAAGAAGAGGAAGUUGAGUACGCCACAGUGAACAAAGCUAGAGCAGAAACUGCUCGGUAUGAAGAAUCCCCAGUCUACAGCAUGGUCCAGAACUCUGCCUAA